AUGGCAACCAGUCUAUCCAAGCUGAACAUGCACCCGCACUUUGAGGCCGUUCACUACAUCCUCAUGUGCAUGUUAUUUAGGAAAGAUGACUGUGGAAAUUUGGCCCCUUCAUUUUGUCGUAAGCACAUAGUGGCCAGUUGGUUUGGUUCGAUGAUUCUCUGUUUCUCUGGCAGUAUUGUUUCCAACUUGCUGAUCGGAGAGGUGCUAAUCAUUCCAUUCAAGUACCACGAAAACAUCAUCUUGGCCAGUGUUAUCUGGUUCCUGGUUAACUACUCUCCAAUUGGCAUGACCUUAAAGGUCCUGAACUUGACCUUUAUAAGAUUAAUACUCAACACAUUCUGGUGUCUUUUCAUAGUUAACAAAGUUCAAUCAGGGGUCAUGUACGGGGUCAAACAUUACCCUGGGGCUUACUUCAUAAUUGUUGCUUUAGGUGUUUCUAAAGGAGCUGGUCAUUUAUUUAUGAAUGCAGUUUUGAAGGCAAUCAAAGGAACGUACGUGGAAAGGGAUAAUGAAUUUCUAUUUUUAUCCACGUUGGUUUUCCCCUGA